UAUUCUUUCCCAUUGGUAUUUAUUGAUAUGCAGCCUAUUCUGUACGCAUCCAAACACAGUAUCUUGUUCCGUUUUCUCGUCUGCAACAUGAGACGGAUUUAGGUCUAAACGCAUUUGUAUUUUCCCCAGAUGCAACUAGAGCACUCUAGCAAGUCUUGCUAACUGCUUAAUUGCUAGCUAUAGCUACGGUCUCGGCAGUGUCUGAGGUAGCUCUGUGUAAUGUGCCAGUUAUAACUAGCUGUGCAUGUGUUCGCAGGAUAUUAGACGGCAGUGAGCUCCCCAAACAGCUGAAUGAAUCCAGAGCCCUCCAGUCUCAUGUCGGAAGAAUCUGACCAGCACUCUGCAGCAGAGGGGAAGGAUGCGACGGGGUCGCCCCUCCCCAAUGGCAGCGAACAGGCCCCCAAGCGUGGAAGGGGCCGGCCACUGGGGUCCGCCAACAAGACGCCCAAACCGGUGAAGGCACCGGGAAAGCGCGGGAGGCCGCGCAAAGUAGUUUUGGACACCUCGACGUCAGUCAUAUCCUCUGGGACGGUCAAGAAGCGAGGCCGACCCCCGAAAGUAAUAAAAAUGAGGGGGAGGCCCAGGAAAACUCCCCUCACACCCGAGCAAGAGGAGGAGAGGAAGAAGAUGAAGAGCAAACCCAAGGGGCCACGAGUGUGGAAGCCCCUGGGGAGGCCACGCAUAUACCCCCGCGAGGACCCCCCGGCCCCCGCCUCGGAGCCCCGGGGGCGAGGGCGUCCGCGCAAGGGCCCGUCAAGGCAGGGGGCGCACCUGCGGAAGAACCCCCCGGCCUCCACCCAGGCCCCGGCGCCCAACAGUGCGCCGCGCAAGAGGGGCCGGCCUCCGGGCCCUACGGAGAACAGCGCCGCGCGGAAGGAGUCCCGCACGAAAAACGGUUCCGCGCAGAAGUCCAGCCCGUCCCCCGCCAAGCGCUCUCGCCGGUCCAGCGGGGCAGGGGACGAGCCCGAGGAGGAGGAGGAGGAGGAGGAAGAGUCUGGGGCCAACGCGGAGGAAGGGGCGGAGGGGGACGCGGACGAGCAGGCGGAGCGGGACGCGGAGGCCGGCCAAAACAAGGCCUCGAACAGCACUGAGGCGGGCGGGUCGGGCGACCGGGCGGAGAGCGGCGAGGAGGGCGUCCCCGCGGCGACCCAGCGCAGGAGGGGCCGUCCUCGGGGCGCGGCGGGACAGGCCGGGCGGGACGAGAAGGGCGAGGGAGGGAAAGCGGCCAGGAAGAAGGGCGGCGGCAAGAGGGCCGCCGAGCCCAAGAAGCCGGCCGCGGCGGGAAAGGCGAGCAAGAAGGAGAAGCCGGGCAGAGAGAGCAUCAGCAGCAUCCUGUAGGGGCACACGGACAGACGGAUGUUUUUAAGUGUUUCGUGGGAUUGCCCUAACCCAGUGGUCUCCAACCCUGGUCCCGGAGAGCUACGGGGUCUGCUGGUUUUCAUGGAGGACUCUGCACUUCAUGAAUCAAUUGGAGCGGUUGAUCACACAGUUGACUCAACUCGCCUGGUGUGUCUUGGGUCUCAGUUGGGUGUUGAGUUUAAGGUGAAAACAAAAAACCAGCAGACCCCGUAGCUCUCCAGGACCAGGGUUGGAGACCACUGCCCUAACCAAAUCCCGUUGUUGUUUUUAUUGAUUAACCAAUUUUAUUUCGUUUUUUCCAGUUUUCAUUUCUACGUUGAAAGAGUAGUCUUGAAGAUGCUGUCGGAAUUGGAGCUUUUUUUGUAAAGCCUCCUCAGCCCUGUACUGAUGUGAAUACGGUGUGUACAAAAAUAAAACUUUCAAUGCAGUCAGAUACCCAAUACCAUGUCCCUUUAAGUCCACAAUUAAAUCACUGUGUGCAAGUUCCUAUAGGCAUGAAACAAAUAAUGACUCAUGUUGAAAAGAAUGUGCUGUGUUGCGGACAUAAAAAAAGGGCCCUUUUCGUUUAAAAAUGAGAUGGAAACUGAUUAGGUUUAGGUAAUUAUGCUAGAAUGCAGAAUUAACUACUUAACAGUAAUUAGAUGACGUAGAAUACUCUCAUUUUUUUUAAGUAAUAGGAAAUGAUGAAAGUGGCAGUGGUUUUGUUAAUAAACAGUUUGUUCACGUAGUGAAAGCUUUAAGAGGCUACCAAAAAACAAAAUGCUAUGAUAUGAAAGAUAAAUAUAAACUAAUUUCUAGAGUGCCAAAUCAUUGGAUUGCUACAAAUAACCCUUGCAGUUUCAAGGUGUGUCGUCAAAGUUGAUCACUUCAGAUGCACGCCAUUGAAUUGCAUUGCCUGAAACUACUGAAGAAAUGUACAUGUAUCAAAAAGGAAUGUUCUUGUUCCUUCAGACAAAUGAAGUAAAGAAACAUGGAAGACACAACAGUACAGUCUUGUAAAUUAAGUUGAGGUGAUUAUCAAUUGGUCUUUCAGCCCAAAAAAAGAACGCGCCUGCUUUUUGUUCACCUCUCCCUCGACUAUUUUUAUGCUCUCGACAUGUUUUAUGUGCCUUACUUGCCAAUGCAUGAAAUGUUCCAGGUUGGGAUCUCCUCAAAUACAGUGAGCCUAGUUUUCCAAUGUGGUGAGUUGUUUAACUGUAGGUGAAUGACAACCUUAUGACCCCCUGCAAAUAGUCUCAAAAUGCAUUUUUACACGAGUAAAAGUAUCCGCAUUCAUGGGAGACUAAGUGCAUCCUGUAAAUUUGUGCCAGCGUAACCAUUUUUGGAUGAUUGUUUUUUUUUUUUUUUGCACUCUAGCACAUGUUUACUUAACUGUAAUAAUGCUAUGCUUAGUUUGUCAUUUUCAUAAAAUAAGUGCAUAUUAUGUGUAUCAGGUACUGUGUAGCAUUUAUGUAACAUUUUCAUUAAUUAUUUUGAAACCAAGUACUGUGUUCUCAUGUGAAGAUGUCUUUUAAAUAACAAUGGUCACAGCGUAAGGAUGCAUCAAAAUUAAAAUUAUACACCUUGGGCAGUUGCUUGUUCUGUCAGCUGUACGCUUGAUUUUAUUUGCUAGUUUGGACUGUCCUGUCGAGUCGCCACAUACAUUAGUGAGGAGCAUUUUGCCUCACGGUGCAAGUUCCUCGCACAGUGAAAAGUGAAGAUGAACGCUUGAAGAUGAAUAGGAUUUCUUCCCAUAGAAGCCCUGGAAGCAAAUGGUAGCAUUUACAUUUAGCAUACGUUUAGAAAGUGGCUUCAGAUCUCUGUCUGUCUGGGUUUGUGUCGAUCAGGUUGUGGUCGUUGUGGGCUUUGGGUUUGGUUAAUGGCCCUCCCUGUUUUAAAGCCCAUGGCAUCAUUUCAUAUGUACCUUUCUGAGCAGGUAUUAAGCCAAUGGGAUGUAACUUGUUAUUCCAGCUAAGGAUUUAUUUUGGGUCCAAAAGGCCAAAUCUGAAUAGCCACAAUUGAUGAGCCUCUGGCUACCACAGCCCUCUAGAAAAAAAAACAAA